AUGGCUGAUCGAGUUCUAAAGGCGCCAUCCCAGUAUCUACUCGAAAAUUGGGAUGAAGUACGUGGUUUGCUAGAGAUAGUUCUGCCUUUGAAGAAAUGUACACUGGCUACAGAGAAAGCUACUGCUAUCCUGGAGAGCGUACUUGAAGGACUAUGUAGUAUUUACCUCCUUGAAUCGCCUACUCGUCGAGCUAAUGCUGAUAAGAGCAUGGAGGAGGAUCUGGCUAUCAGGCACUGGUCAGCCACUGUGGACAAGAAGACCUGGCAGCCUCAAUGGCAUGUUCCCUCACAAGAAGACAUUGACAAAGCUGCAGAGCUUUUCCGCGACUUUGUUAUGCCGCAGCUACAGGCGCUGGCAUCACCACAGGGCAUGGAAAAGAAAGACAUGAUGCAUCACAUCCUACUUGUUCGAAAUGCAGUUCUCGGAGCUUCGGCAUCUCUUCCAUUUUUCGAAGGCCCCAACUAUUGUCUCGAAGACUCACCAUCACUUGCGGCAAUAGAUCAUCCUGUAGCUAGACCUGUCAAUGCACCUGUACUUACCCUGGAUGGCAAGAACGUUCGUGAUAUCGUACUGGACAACAUGAAAACUUUGCUGGACUAUCUUUUUGAGCAUUGCGAAGAUGAUGUGAAGUCAAUUCAGCAAGUUGUUGUGUUGCUAAAUACAUUGGCAUCUUGUCGGGGGUUGAACUCGGUAGGUAUUUUUCUCUUUUCUUUUUCUUUUGUCUCGGUUUAGGG